AUCUCAUGGCGAGCGACAUCAACAAGCUCUGCACUUCAGUCCUAGAUGACUUGGCAAAAAUCAUUAGGGAAUAUCCCGAGAUUUUCUCGGACGACUUGCCAAGUGGACUGCCACUCGAACGACCCCAGGACCACAAAAUCAAGCUGGAGCCCGGCGCGCAGCCUACUGUACGAACUCAAUGGCGCCUGACUCAGCCCGAGCUACACGAAUUACGAAAUCAACUUGACUACAAGUUGACAAAAAGGUUUUUUUGGCCAAGCACGUCCCUGUUUGCAACACCAAUCCUGUUCACCACAAAGAAGGACGACAGGCUUCGCAUGUGUACGGACUAUCGUGCCCUUAAUCGGGUAACAAUUAAAUCGCGCUACCUAACCCCACGCACGGACGAGCUGAUUGACAAUCUUCGCGAAGCUCGCUACUUUUCAAAGAUCGACCUUCGUGGCGGUUACCUUCAAAUUUGGGUGUUCACUGACGACUGCCACAAGACCGCGUUUCGUACUCGCUACGAGAGUUUCCGAAUGCACGGUGAUGCUGUUUGGAUGAACGAACGCCCCCUCGAUAUUCCAGCUCACCAUGAAGGGGGUGUUCCGCGAUCUACUCAACAAAUGUGUGAUAACUUGCUUGGAUGGCAUCCUGAUCUACAGCAAGACCCGGGAGCAACAUUUAAAGGAUUUGGAAGCGGGUUUUCAGUGACUGCAGCAGAAUCACCUCAUCACCAAGGGCUCCAGGUGCGAGUUUUUUUAACAAAAACAGGAGUUCCUGGGGGCACGAAAUCUUCACAGAGGGGAUACAAAUAGACCUAAAAAAAUCUGGGUUAUUCA